GGAAUGCUUAAAAGAAGAAGAAAACCAUUCUCGGUGCUGUGGUCCAUGGAGUUUGAAAGAUUUAUCAGAGGGCAAAUAAUGACCUAGAGCCCAGCGAUGCCAGAUAUAAUAAAAAGAAGCAGCUGCUGCAACUCUUUACAACUGAAGCUUCUGAGGCACACUGCACACAAUAAUAAUAAUAAUAAUAAUUACUGUAAUCCUUUACUCGGUCAGCAGAAGAAGAUAGUAGUGGAGUAUUAUACUGUACAAGUAGUAGUAGUAGUAGUAGUAGUAGUAGUAGUGUACACACUAUUUAUGUAAGUAUUUUUAUUUUAUACUUCUUUCUUCAUUUCAUUAUAUAUAUAAUGACACGACCACAACAAAAGAAAAGAAAAGCAAAGGGCAGACAAUCCUAAGUGUUGUAUGAAAGUUUCUCUUCCUGCAAGGAAAGAAAAGAAAAGGAAGAUCAUGAGCAUCUCAGAAGAUGAAAAGCUUUCCCAAAUGAUUAUGGACUAUAUUGAGUUUGGAUCAGCUGUCAAAACAGAUUCUUUCCUUUUUCAUCCCUCCUCACAAUCCCUUCACCUUGAUGACAACCCCUCAUACUUCUUUCUGGAGGAGAUCUUGGAAGAAACCCCAGAUGCUGAAACUGAGGUUUAUGCAAAAAUCUUGUUCUACUUGAAGGACAAAGAAUCAUCCAUGACCAUGGACAACAAUAUCAGCAAGCUAAAGAACUGGAUUGUGUAUAGAUUCGAAAUGGACAACUAUGAAGCCCAUCUUUGCAGAACUUCUUGGUCCACCCCCUUUGGCCCCCCAUCAGUUUUCCAAUUUAGGGGCGAUUAUGAGUAUGUAGAAGUGAUGAUCAAGGACAGGAGCAAAGAGGUGAUGAGUAGGCUGAUAGUGGACAUAGAUUUCCGGACACAGUUUGAAGUGGCAAGGCCAACACAGGCCUACCAAGAACUCACAAAUGCACUGCCUUUGAUAUUUGUGGGCACUGAGGAUAAGUUGAAGAAACUGGUCUCUUUGAUCUGCACUGCAGCCAAACAGUCCCUUAAGGAGAAGGGACUCCACAUCCCCCCAUGGAGGAAAGCCACUUACAUGCACUCCAAGUGGCUUUCACAAAACUGCAAAAGGGUUCCAUUUUCUCAGAUCAUGAACCUGCACCACCAUCACUCAUCAUACAAUAUAUGAUCAUAAUCAUAAUCAUGGAUGAAAGAUAUAUAUAUAUAUAUAAUAUGUAUGUAUUAUUUUCAAGUUUUGAAAAUGGGCCUGUGUUAUUGAGAAAUUUUGGGGUUUCUAUCUCCUACUAUCAUGUGGUUUUAAUAAAAUUUUGCUUCUUUUCUCUUA